UUUAGAUUACAGGAAGCAACACUUAAAAGGAAGUUAAGUGUUUAAAUACAAUAUGUGAUACUUCAAGGAGAUACUGACACAUGCUCAUGUAACUUUUUGUCUGUGUAGUUGAAAUGAAUGUAGAAAUGUGUUCACAUUUUUAACUAUUAAUACAUUUUAACAGGUUAGAUCCUCCAUUUUUCUUUUAAAAUCUGUUAUAUGGACUUUACAGAUUUUAGUCACAAUGGCAGAAUGAGUGUCACUAACUUCAUACACAGUUUUGAAGCACUUUGAUUAAAGCAGUGUUUCUUUACUUUACACCUCUUCAAGUACCACCAUUACGGCUGACGUCACAAUACAGUAACAUAGGCCGACACUAUUCUACAGACAGUUCACACAGGAUCCAGGUUUAUUCACAAUAAGAAGAUUAUUUAUUGUUGACUGUUUUUGAAUCCUGAACACAACCUGUUCAGAACCAGAGCUAAUUUGGUGGAAAAGGGAUACUCUAUUAUAUCCUAAUAGUUUCCAUUUGGGGUCACGAUUGCAGCGUUUUCGAACCAUUAUUUGACCUCCACUCACUAUCUUGGCAUCACAUUUUAGCUCGUAACUAAUCCUGUAUAUACGUGCAUGAACAUGACAACCCAACAGGCUAAUAUUGGAGCAAAAUAUUAAAGGAAAUGCAAAACUUGUUUAAAAUUACAUUUUAGUGAUCCUAUAGUUUAAAUAUUUUCAUAUAAAAUGUUGUAGUAUUUUGACGGUAUAUGUUUUUACAUUAAUCUUUUUAUUUAACCAGUGGAUUAAAGGAUAGGUUCACAUUUUUACAACCAUAGUGAGGUGCCUGUAUGAACACUGACACACAUUUUGGUUGCCAUAAUUAUUCUUUUUUAGUGCGCUAUGAACAGUUUCAGUAUGAACAGGAGGAAUGAAGCAAAACCUGUUUCAACAUUGACUUAAGACAGAUCUGAAAAACUGUGAGCCUUUCCUUUAAUGUUACAUACAGAAUGUGCUGUAUAAUCUAAUUCACUAGAAGCACUGUAGAGACCCGUGUUUACUUUCUUAUUUUUCAUUUUUGGAGGGUUUCCAAGAAAAAAAGCAUUUGGUAACAUUGGAAUGAAUAUCUGCCUUAAAAUCUCUUAUCAGUCAAAGGCAGUAUGUACACAGAGCCAGUUAUAACUGACACGUUGGACUUUGCUUCCACCAUCUGGUCAACAGGCAGAACUGCAGCAUGUAGACAGAUAGAGUUGUUCACUGCACUGGUGCUUUACAUGCACUGUGUUGUUAUCAGGAGUAAUUUUAGUUUUUAUAACAGAUGCAGACAGAGCUGUGUGAACACUGAAAUGGAAAUAAACAUGACCAGUAAAUGCUCAGUGAAGUACUGACCUUUUAUUGAAGUAGUUUCACUUCACAACUGUAGAGAAGUUCCUCAACUCAUAGUUUGACAUCCUGUAAACUAAAAGUCAAACAUGGCUACACCUGAGCAUAUCGAACAGUUCCUGGUAGAUUACCUGGAUGAGCUGGAUGAGAAACAGCUGAGCACGUUUCAGUGGCACUUGGGUCUUAUUAGAAGAGAUGGAUGCAGACUUUUCCCAAAGGCCGAGCUGGAGAAAGCUACCAGAGAACAAACUGUGGAUAAACUGGUGCAGGUUUAUGAGGAAGAAGAAGCUGUGGUGACGACAGUGGACAUUUUCUCGAAGAUGAAGCUUAAUAACCUUGCAAAGAGAUUAACUCAAGCCCAUAUACGCAGAGACACGAAACAGCAAUUAGAUGAGCUGGUGUCUUCCACUGCGGGAGAGACAGAGAGAGAAGGAGAGUGGACUAUCACUGAGGAUCUUUCUUGUUCAGUUUGCGACUCCAUUUUCACUGAUCCUGUGACGCUGCAGUGUGGGCACAACUUCUGCAGGAGCUGCGUGCACAAACACUGGGAGAAGACAAUCUCUCGGAAAUGUCCACUUUGUCAACAAGUUACUGACUCUGAAUCUCCGAUUAAUUUUAAUCUGAAGAGUUUGUGUAAAAACUACAGCGAGAGAGGUUGGGGUGAACCAUCAGGAGGUUACAGAAAUGAGUUCUCUCAGGCCGGAGAACAGACCCCUUCGAGGAACGUCAAUGAGAAGAAGGAUGCUUUUGAAAAAAUCAAACAAUUUUGUGAUUCAUCCAUUGAGCACAUUGAGGCUCAGAGCCGUGAUAUAGAGAAGAAGAUUAAGGAUGACUUUGAGAAGCUGCACACCUUCAUCAGGACAGAGGAAGAAACCAAACUAGCUGCAUUAAGAGAAGAAGAGAAUCAGAAGAUUCGUAUGAUGAAGCUGAUCACAGAGAUGAGCAGAAGCACACUGUCGCUCUCUGACACUGUGAAAGAGAUGGAAGACUUAAGAGCUGACAACUCGUUCAUACAGGCCUUCAAGAUGCAAAUGGAAAGAGCUCAGAACACACUGCCAGAUCCAGAGCAACUUCCACAAGUACUGAUAAAUGAAUCCAAGCAUGUGGGAAACCUCAGAGUCUGGGAUAUAAUUCUGAGUAUCAUGACACAGACCCCUGUGGUUCUAGACCCCAACACUGCAUCUCUAGCGCUCUCCGCCUCAGAAUGCCACACUUGGUAUAUGGCCAUCCAGUCCAUGUUACUGUCUGACGAAGAUGACAAACCAUUGCACUGGUAAAACAAGAUGCUGUUUUUUUUGCUGCUUUUUGUAUUUUUUGCAAAUGUAAAAUGAUUUAAAAAUAUUGUUUUCUUGUUUUUUCUAAUCUCAAAAUGCUUAAGUGGUUAAGUGGUGUAGCGAUGGCAAUAUCAAUCUUUGUAGCAAACUCUUUGAACUGAAGUAAAGAUUUAAAAUGAGGAAUAUCAGUUUAUCUUUGUAUGUUUGUCAGGUUUUGGGUAUUUACAGACCUUCAUGUAUUUGAAAAAGUUUGAUGAUUUAAAAUUCUUUAAAAGUGUUUGUCUUUGUUGUGAUGUAAUUACAUGAAAUCCUGAUAUCUUUAACAUGAAAAACUGUUUUUUGUUUUAAAUUGAUGCCAAAUUAUUCUGUUAAUAAAAUCAAUGUAUAAUUUGCCAAUACA